GGGUUCCAGACGCGUCAUCGCUUUUACAUCUUUCGCUAUAUCGUCAAGAGGGGGGUUUUGUCGAAAUCACACUUCACUGAGAAGCAUAAGGAACGGCAGGACCGGCGUCAUGUUCAAUGUCUUUCGAUUGUUAGGCGAUCUGUCGCAUAUCUCAUCUAAGUGUAUCUUGAUAUGGGCGAUUCACUGGAACAAGAGUGCAGAGGGGGUCUCCCUUCUGACGCAGAUACUAUACGCCUGUGUAUUUGUCACUCGCUAUCUUGAUAUAUUCACUACGAGAAUCGACAGCUGGGUGAAGACGUACAAUCUGUUCUUCAAGAUCUUUUACAUCCUAUCAUCAUUCUAUAUCAUUCUCUUGAUGACCAAGGUCUUCCCACGGACGAGGGAACGGGAAAAGGCGUGGAAGCUGGCACUGUGGUCGGUGAUUGGUUCCCUCGUGUUGUCGCCAAUAGCGAUACUGGUCCUGGAACGGAAUGAGACUCACCGCUCAUGGUUCCGUGAGUAUUGGUGGUCUUUCUCCAUCAUCCUCGAAUCGGUCUGCGUGCUGCCGCAGCUCCUGCUACUCCGCCAGACAACGGUCCCUACCGUCAUCGAUUCGUUCUAUCUCCUGACGCUAGGAUUAUACAGAGGUCUCUACCUCUUGAACUGGAUCGUGCGCUAUGAAUCAGAAAACUUCCGCGAUCCAAUUGCUGUAGUGUUCGGUAUCGUGCAGACAGCUUUCUAUAUCGACUUCGCCUGGGUGUACUGGACGCGCCAACGGGUCAAGUUGCGACACGGCGGUAUUGUCGACUCGGAGGACCUCCGGAAGAGUUGGCUUGUCAACAAGGUUUUCAAUUCGCGCGUCGCGCGGGCACGUAACGAGGAAGAGGAGGAGCACCUGGAUGAAGAAAAUGGAGCAGGUGAAGAGGGCGCAAGCCGUCGUGCCGGAACCAACCGCUGGGGUGCCCGCGGUAUCUCUGUCUCCGCUGAUGAUACCUUAGAGGGACACUCCCACUCGAAGAAUCGAGACUCCGCCGAUGAGGAUGAGUUGGAGGGAAUAUUGGAGGACGAGGAAUCACCGCAUGACCGGGAACACUGACAGGAAGGUGUCUAACCACGAUUAACCCUGCUAAGCCCGGUCAUUGCGUACUAUAUUCC